AUGAGCGAUUCAAUUAAAGACAAUGAGGUCAAAGAGAAAGAAGUGAAAGAAUCGAAAGAGAAAGAAUCGAAAGAGAAAGAAACGAAAGAGAAGGCUCCGAAGAGCAAUCAGGACUUCGAGGAGAAGUCGCAAGAACCCAGCGACAAUCGCAAACAGCAAGCACUCAUUAGUGUUUAUUCGGAUUCGCAGAUCUCAGAAAUCAACGACGUCCAAAUUAGUGUCGAUCCAGAGGAAGCAAAAUUUCCGGCAGCGGGAGGUGGCAAAUCAGAUCACAUGAUUGUGAACUACACGAAGAAUAGACUCAUUUUAAAGGCAAAAUGCAACAACAACAUCGCAUAUCGCGUUGAUCCCGUGUAUCAGGUGGUCGAGCCGAUGAAAUGCAAAAAUCUCAGGAUAACUCGUCUACCUGGAUCAUCGUUAAACACAAAACCAGAACGUGUUCUGAUCGAAUAUGCUGAAACGGAAGACGCCGACGUCGAUCCAAAGACGUUUUACAAAGUACACGAAUAUUCGGUGAAUGCGCCAAUUAAUCAACAUUUUUCGCAGAAAAACGCAUCGAACAAAUUCCCGUAUCUCAAAAUCGCAUUAACGGUGAUGAAGGAGACGGCUUCAGGAACGAAAGAAAUGGCAUCGAAAGUCUAUUUCUAA